CUCUCCACCACCCAAGAGAAGCGGUAUGUAUAGUUUAUUUGGUUUUCUGUCUUCUGAUUCGACAAAAGUGAUGGAAACAUCUCCGGGUUCCGCUUCUCAACCACCAUCCUCUGAACAACGUUUCAUUUAGACAGAGAAGCCUGAUGUUCUGAACUGACAUUGGAGGAAAAGCAUUUUCAAAGGGAAAAAUGGAGAAAGAUAAGAAUCAGAACUCUCCACGAAUUAGAAAGCUAAGGGACAACAAUAGUUAUCCUCCCAACACACCAACCUCUCGGAUGAACAACAAUAACCAAAGAGAUAACCACUAUCACAACUUCCCAAACUCUCCUAGGGAUUACAACCAAACUCCCAGCUCUCCUACAGCUCGCCUUCGUUGGAGAAACCGAUCUAAUGAGAUUCCAGCUGAGGUGAAAAGAGGCAAUGCAAGCAACGUAAGGAACCUCUUACUCGGUGAUAAGAACAAGUACAGAUCGAUGUGGAUAAGGACGUGCUCGUCUCUCUGGAUGCUCGGAGGAGUUGUGUUCAUAAUCUACAUGGGUCAUCUCUACAUUUGGGCUAUGGUUGUUGGUAUACAGAUAUUCAUGGCUAAAGAGCUCUUCUUUCUUCUCAGAAGAGCUCACGAAGACCGUCGCUUGCCUGGUUUCAGGCUCUUGAACUGGCACUUCUUCUUCACCGCUAUGUUGUUUGUCUAUGGACGCAUACUUCAGCAGCAGCUAGUCAACACUGUUUCUUCGGAUAGAUUUAUCUACAAGCUUGUUAGUGGUUUGAUCAAGUACCAGAUGGUUAUCUGCUACUUCUUGUACAUUGCAGGUUUCAUGUGGUUUAUACUUACGUUGAAGAAGAAGAUGUAUAAGUAUCAAUUUGGGCAGUACGCUUGGACGCAUAUGAUCCUCAUCGUUGUGUUUACUCAAUCUUCUUUCGUUGUGGCCAAUAUUUUCGAAGGGAUCUUCUGGUUUCUUCUUCCAGCUGCGCUUAUUGCUAUGAACGAUGUAGCAGCUUACUUCUUUGGUUUCUAUUUCGGUAAGACUCCAUUGAUAAAGUUGUCUCCGAAGAAGACAUGGGAAGGUUUCAUUGGAGCAUCGGUGGCAACUACAAUCUCUGCGUUUCUUUUUGCAAACGUCUUAGGCCAGUUCCAAUGGCUUACAUGUCCAAGGAAGGAUUUGUCGACUGGUUGGCUUCAUUGUGAUCCAGGCCCUCUGUUCAGGCCAGAGUAUUUCCCACUGCCCUCUUGGAUUGCUUCAUUUUCUCCAUGGAAAGAGAUAUCGAUUCUACCCGUGCAGUGGCACGCUUUCUCUCUCGGUCUAUUUGCAUCUGUUAUAGCUCCUUUUGGUGGUUUCUUUGCAAGCGGUUUCAAAAGAGCUUUCAAGAUCAAGGACUUUGGAGACAGCAUACCAGGACAUGGAGGGUUUACUGACAGAAUGGAUUGCCAAAUGGUUAUGGCGGUUUUCGCAUACAUCUACAUACAAUCUUUCAUUGUUCAUCAAGACUACAGUGUCGAGAUGAUCUUAGACCAGAUAUCGAGGAGCCUGGGGCAUGAGGAACAGAAAAUGCUUUAUGCAAAGCUCGGAGACAUUCUCCGACACAAAUUGCAAGGCGGGUUUUAAGAAGAAGAGUGUAGGUUUCGUCACUCUGUUUUCAGUUUCUGUUCUUUU